UUGGAAGGUGACGGAUUGUUACAGAUGUAUUUGUGUAGUUACAAAUUAUAAUAUUUAAGUGUCAAUCCAAGCUGAAAAGUAUCAGGUAUCAAGAUGAAGGUGAAGGAGUUGCUCAAAACUGUAAAUGUGGCAUGGUCACCACCCCAGCAAUAUCCGAUAUUGCUGGCGGCAGGGACUGCGGCACAGCAACUCGAUGCUAGUUUUAAUACUUCCGCUAGUUUAGAUUUGUACUCACUGAAUCUUCAGCAACCAGGUUAUGAAAUGGAGUUACAAGCAACCGUUCCUAGUGAAAACCGGUUUCAUAAAAUAAUUUGGGGAGCCGGUGACGACAAUUCUCCUGGGAUUAUCGUCGGUGGAUGUGAUCACGGGAUUAUACAAAUUUAUUCUGUUGCUAAAGUGCUUGCAAAGGAAAGCGAUUGUUUAAUAAGUACUCCUAGUAGGCACACAGGUCCUGUGCGCACGAUGGAUUUUAAUCCCUUCCGAACAAACUUAUUAGCAACGGGUGCAACAGAAAGUGAAAUUAUUAUAUGGGACAUGAGUAACACUAAUAAUCCAAUGGCACCUGGCCCUACGAGUCAACCACUAGAAGAUGUACAGCAUAUUGCAUGGAAUAAACGAGUGCAGCAUAUCAUAGCUUCUACAUUUUCGCAACGUUGUAUUAUAUGGGAUUUACGGAAGAAUGAACCAAUAAUCAAACUUACCGAUGCCAACUCAAAGGUACGGUGGAAAGUAGUUCAGUGGCAUCCGGAUAUAGCGACGCAAUUAUGCCUUGCUUCGGAAGAAGAUCAGUCACCUGUAAUUGAAUUAUGGGACUUAAGAUUCGCAACAUUACCUCUAAAAACACUGAGAAGUCAUCAGCGUGGAGUACUUUCAAUUGCAUGGAAUAUCAACGACUCGGAUCUGUUGCUGAGUAGCGCAAAGGAUAACAGGAUUUUGUGUUGGAACCCAAAUUCAGAUGCUCCGGAUGGAGAAGUGAUUUGCGAAUUGGCUCAAACAAAUCAAUGGAACUUCGACGUAGCGUGGUGUCCUCGAAAUCCUGGUUUAAUUGUGGGAACAGGCUUCGAUGGGCAUGCAGUUGUCUAUUCCCUCCUCGGCGGACAGUCUCAAGCUUCGACAGAAACGUCGAAGAAAUUAGUCGACUCUUUUCCAGGAAUGGAUCCGUUUACUCAACCAGUUCCCCAACAACCCACCGAAGCGGCAGUUUUACUCAAAAAAGCACCAAAAUGGUUAAAAAGACGUUCAGGGGUUUCAUUUGGCUUCGGGGGAAAACUGGUAAUAUUUGAGAAUGAGACUGCAGAUCCUACUCUUCCGAUGAAGGCUACUCGAACGGUUAUUAUUUCACAAGUAAUCACAAAUCCAGAAUUAGUCCAACGAUCUAAUGAACUGGAAGCGACCCUCAGAAGUGAACAAUUCAUUGAUUAUUGCCAAGGAAAAGCCGAUAAAGUCGCGGACGACCAUGAUAAAAAAUUAUGGGACUGCAUUGGGGCAUACUUUCGACCAAACGUCACCAAAGAGUUGUUAGAAGUGUUGGGGUACAAUUUAGAUGUCAUGCAUAACAAGUUAAGUCAGUUUAUCCCACAAGAUGUUGACGCCAUCACCGAGGGUGUUGCAAAAUUAGAUCGGAUUCACAAUGGUAACGUUUUCGACGGAAGUGCAGCUUUUGACGCCAUUGCUCAGCAGGAACAGAAUAGAAAAUCCCCUGCUGUCAAACCCGUGGAGACUAAUUUUAAAAUAAAUACUACCGAUGACGAAGAUGGCCUCAUAACGCAGGCAAUUUUAAUUGGAGACAUCGAAGCUGCCGUCUCCUUAUGCUUCGCAAGCAAGAGAUAUGCAGAUGCGAUGAUUAUUUCUAUCACCGGAGGCCCAGAAUUACUGGCUAGGUCACAACGCAGAUACUUUGCAGAACACAGCGGUUCCCUUAAUUUUCUUAUCGACUCGUUGGUGAACGAAAACUGGGUGAACAUCGUUAAGAACUGUGACAUACGUGACUGGAAGGAGGCAUUAAUAGGAGUGUUUGCAAAUGGCAAUUCUGAAGAAUUAAGCGUGCUUUGCGACAUGUUGGGAGAUCGGCUGGCAUCCUCCGAUGACCCAUAUCUCAGAAAGCAAGCCCAAAUCUGCUACGUAUGCUCUGGAAACGUGAACAAGUUGGUUGCAGUGUCGAAUGCCAAUAUCCAAGAACUCGCGGAACUGGUAACGAUAAUGCAGAAAGCUUUGGAACACGUAGGGAUUAGAGCUUCUCGAACCGAGGAGAACGUCGCUUUGGUUAUAUCUCAGUAUGCUGAAAUGUUAGCUGCCGAAGGGAAUUUUGAGUCUGCGUUGAAUUAUUUGGGCAGCAGUCAAGAGCCAAGAAUCAUCACGCUGCGAGAUCGGCUGUGUCGAGCACUGGGUUACAUACAGCCCGAAGCCCAGCGGAAUAUGUCUAGAGAACCUGCUUCGAGGAAUUAUUAUGACCAAUCUAGGAAACCCCAACCGAUACAGCAAAAUGUAUACCCAACUGUACAACCUACUCAGUCUACAAAUCAUUGGAACACUGCUCCAACGAAAUCCUAUGGAAGUAAUAUCAACCAAUAUAGCCCGAUGCAGGCUCCGCCUUUGGCAACUCCAACUAUUCCAGCAAUGCAACCUCUUUCGCACGACCAAUAUUCAAAUCAGCAAUCGUAUGGACAAAUUCCUGGUCCAUUACCUGCUGCGCAGCCACCUCCACCACCUCCACCUACAUCAGGAUCGAGCCUUGGGGGAUCACGACCAUCCAGUGUCGGGCCUCAAACACGAUCUAAACAUAUUGUAGAUCCAUGUGUCAAGUCGAGCUCAACCUACGGUCAAAGUGGUUUUUCUCAGCCACAAAUGUACAAUUCUCAACAAGUCUCACCGAUCCCAGGUUACUCGUCACAAAAUAUCUAUCAGCCACAAACUUCGAUGCCUCAGAACCCAUAUGCAGGACAUGUACAGAACCAAACGUUCAAUUCGCCCUUGCCAGAGCCACAGAGAGACGUUCAGUCUGGAAUUAAUGCUCCAGAACUGUCAAACACCAUACAACAGCAAUUUUAUAAUCCCAUUAGAUCUCAACCACCUACGCAAAUGCAGUCUUAUAAUAAUGAAAGUGUCUACCAGUCUACGAUGCAACCGUCUGGAUGGAAUGAUCCACCUAUUGGAAAAAGUUCGCGAACACAGCCAGUUCUGGCACUAUACAACAAAAAUGAAAUGUCUGCGGAACACGCUGGUACCAGGAAGUGGAAAGCAAUGCAUUCGAAGAGUAGUGACUCGAAGUCUAAGCCAGAAUUUCAACCACAGAAUCCAAUUCUUCAUCCUCUCUUGGGAGCUUCGCCUCAACAAGAUCCGAAUAUGGUACAGGACGGUUAUUACGGUGACUCUCAAAUUCCUUACAAUCAGCAGCAAUAUGGCAAUCAGAUGCAGAAUUCUGGAAUUCCCAUAAAUAGAUCGAUGGAACCCCUGCAACCUGCCCAAGUUGCUCAAUCUGCACAGCCAGAACCUGAAAAGCCAAAGGCACCGAUACCCGAAGAGCACGUGCAUCUCAAGACCGUUCUCGAUGAACUGCGAUAUCACUGUCAUGAAAAUGCUAAAAACCCGCAAACCAAGCGAAAGCUGGAAGACGUUUCGAAGAAACUCGAAGUCUUAUACGAUUGCCUCAGAGAGAAUAAGCUUUCACCGAAUACUCUAAACGAUCUGCAUCAAAUAUCUCAAAUGAUUCAAACUGGAGAUUACACAGGCGGGCUGAGUCUGCUCACUCGACUGGCAUCAAGCGCUGACUUCAGUACGAUAGCAUCCUUCAUGCCUGGAAUUAAAGUAUUACUUCAAAGUGCUCUACAAUUAGGCGUCUAUAUUAGAUAAGGGUGUAGGUACGAUUGGAUAAUCGAGACGGCAUUAUUGUCAAAGAGACUGACUUGUGUACAUCGAAUUUUGCAGUGGGUCGCGAAAUAUUAUUAACAAUAUUCGACGUGUGCACCGAUGUCGGCAUUCUGAAAAUAAAGUCUACCAUUAAUGGAGCUGUGAACAUUCUUGGUGUGACUACGGUUAUAUAUCGAAAAGAAUCACAUAGAUGUAAAGUGAGGUUAACUUUUAUUGAUGAGUUGCAAGUAGAAGUACUUGUAUUGGAUAUUGCGAUUGUGUAAAUGGCUGUUGAAUCUUAAAUGAUUAAAAACGUACGCUUCUUCGAUCCAUGUGAUCGUUAGAGCACCGUGCAAAUGUCAAUGCCAUCUUUCAAAAUAUUUAUACGAUGCCAAUUCGCGUAGACGGUAGUUCACGAUUGUUAAUCGGGUGAUUGAAUGACAUGAUAAUGCUGCGAUUACGGCUGCAUUAUGCGAUUUCACGGAUCAAUAAUUCAUCGCUGUUGUAGCGAAUUGAAAAUG